AGCCCAUUGUUCCCUAAGUGUCAGCUGCUCAGAGGAAGAGAUAAGGGGCAGAUAAGGAACAAGGAGAAGAAGGAGUCACCUCUGUUUUGUGUCACAACUGGGACAGAUCUCACCCCGAUCCCCUGACAGAAAACCCUGAGCUCCCGACGACCCUGCGCCUCUCCCUACAGAUUUCUAUUCAUCUCCAGCUAAAGGCUUUGUGCUUGAUAAUGACACAGUUCGGGAAGGCUUGGGAGCCCGUGGCUUAUCUCCAAUCAGUGAGCCCCAUCCUAUUGGGAAUUGUCUCACAGAUAAAUGGCUCAGCAACACCAGAUGAGAUGGAGUUUAUCAAGAAAAACUUGGAAUCUAUUGACAAGGAGUUGGCAACAGGAAAGGGCUUGAUGCAUGAUAGUGAGGUCAUUAGAUGUGAAGAUGACAUCACAGUAGUCUAUCAGCAGCUAACCGCUGUUGUCCGAGCAGAGAAGUCCUAUACUGGUCGUGAGAAGGAAGUUUUCCUACAGUACAUACAAGAUUACAAAAUUGAAAGGCAACUCAACGCCUUGUACAACCGUCUUGUUGGUGUCUCUGUCUUAGCAGAACAGCCCACUCUUCUCCAACUGGUCAUCAGGGACCACCAUCCUCGCAGGUGGGAAAUGAUUGCCUUCUGUCAGAGGGUCAACUUUGUUCUUGCCACAGGCCUUUUGUCCCUUUUUCUUCAUGGAUCUUUGACUGGACGGGAUGUGCAGCUGAUGAUGGGGAGGUGGACCGAUAAGAUGACUGUUCUUUACCGAAGAAUGGAGGACACAUCAAGAGACUGCGCAGCUUAUUUUAAAGAGCAGGCCCAAGAGGACAUGGAACACUUCUUGCUGGCCAAUGAGACUCUCACAGAUCAGGAGAAGGCGUCUGCAAUAUUGAAGAAGCUGGAGAAGAAUUAUGAUUGGCUACGGUGGGCAGUGAUGGUGUCUCAGCCAAGUGGGGAGAAAUCUGCAGAGGUCUUAGUCAAGGGGAACUACAUCUCAGUAAGAGGGGAGUGUGGAACUCAAGUGGUAGCUUGUUACAGUGAGAGCCCAGCUUCCUUGGACCGGUCAAAAACACACCAGCUAAUCGGGGAAUUAGAAUGGAAGAUCCCAAACCCACCUCCCGAUGUCUACGCCAACAUUGAAGCAGAGCCUGGUUAUGCCAAGCGAUAUUUGGCCCAACGGAUGCUACAGAAGCUCUCUGAGGGCUUGGGGAAGGGAGUAACCAUACACACAGUACCUGGGAAGCUAGAGGUGUCUGGGAACUUCCCCCAGGCCUCCUUCACUGUGUAUGAGUACAAGCACCGGAUGGCAUCUGGAACCGUCUGUAUCUUUGGGUGAUGGGUCAACCGAUUGUAACUCACAUAAUCCAAAGUCCUGCUGGUUCUAUAUGUUCCCUUACUGGUUGGCCUGUUCCCAUUGUUACAUAUUAUAACAAUAAAUAUUACAUUUAAUUAAAAAUA